GUCUUCUAAAAUUCCCUCUAGACAUAUUCGUUUAUGCUGAAACUUUUGUGUGUUGUAAUCUAUUUGCAAAAUUUAUUCACUUUAGACCUGGAAAAAAAGCGUCAAAUAUUGAACCGGCUCACUGGAGGGCGCUAACACAAAGCUGCAGGUAAUUGGCAAUAACUUGGGAAAGGAGGAGGCCAUUCAAUAGCCUGUUUUAGCUACUGUUAGCUAGCCCGGCGGCUAACGAGCAGGCUAAAACAUCAGUUUUGGUUUAAUGUCGCCUGUCCAGAAGAGUGAUGGCAAAAGAAAAGUGUUCACACAUCGAGGCGGAACUGUAUUACCUCAUUGCCAGAUUUCUGCAAUCAGGGCCUUGUAAAAAGGCAGCACAGAUUCUGAUCGAGGAGCUGGAGGAGUAUGAGUUGAUUCCGCAACGAUGGAGUUGGGACGAGAAGAUAUUCAAAAGGAGCUUCCAAGAUUGGGUGGCUUUGAACCAGCACAUUCCUGCAGACUAUUUGCUCCAAGUCUGUCAGCAGAUAGGUCCUCUGAUAGAAAAGGAGAUCCCACCUAGUGUUCCUGGAGUCCAAACACUCCUGGGGCUGGGAAGGCAGUCUCUGCUUCGCACCACCAAAAGUUGUACCCACAAAGUAUGCUGUGGCUCAGCCGUUGCUGCACUACACAGAGGACGCCCACCUGAACCUCCAGUAGUUUUUGGGAAUGUUCCUAAUGUUGCGUCCAUCAUUGGUGCUCGCCAGGCCACGGGUACAGCUCGUUUCAGCCAGGUCCUGCCGUCUUCCUCCUACCAACACAUGAAGAUACACAAACGGAUUCUUGGCCACCUUUCUUCAGUGUACUGUGUGGCGUUUGACCGCACCGGUCGGCGGAUAUUUACGGGUUCAGAUGACUGCCUGGUGAAAAUCUGGGCCACAGACGAUGGCCGGCUCCUGUCUACACUCCGCGGCCACUCGGCAGAGAUCUGUGACAUGGCUGUGAACUAUGAAAAUAGUCUCAUUGCCUCUGCAAGCUGUGACAAGGUCAUCAGAGUGUGGUGCCUGCGUACCUGUGCACCCAUCGCCAUUCUGCUGGCCCACGCUGCUUCUAUCACGUCCAUACAGUUUUGUCCUGCAGCCAAAGGGAUGAAGCGGUACCUCGCAUCAACAGGUGCAGAUGGUAUGGUGUGUUUCUGGAAGUGGCACUCUCACAGUAUGAAGUUUGAUGAUCAGCCAGUGAAGUUUGUUGAGCGGUCACGACCAGGAGUCCAAGUCUCCACUUCGUCUUUCAGUAGCGGCGGUAUGUUUAUGGCCACUGGUGGCACGGAUCACAUGAUCAGAGUCUACUACCUCGGCGCGGAAACUCCGAUGAAGGUUUCUGAGCUGGAUGCUCACACGGAUAAAGUCGUGGUUGUCCAGUUUAGCAAUAACAGUGACAGCCUCAGGUUUGUUAGUGGCAGUCGUGAUGGCACUGCAAAGAUCUGGCAUUACCAGCAACAAGGGUGGAAAAGCAUUACUUUAGACAUAGCUGCAAGGCUUCCUGGGACUGCUGUUGCUAAUGGGGAUGAUAAAACCAAGCUGGUGGUGACCAUGGUUGCCUGGGAUCGCACUGACACCACCGUCAUCACAGCAGUUUCAAAUUAUCUGCUCAAAGUGUGGAGCGCCACUGCUGGCCAGCUUCUGCAUGUCUUGUCUGGACAUGAUGAUGAAGUAUAUGUGCUGGAGGCGCACCCCUUCGACCCCCGCAUUAUGCUGUCUGCAGGCCAUGAUGGCAACAUUUACAUCUGGGACCUGAGCAAAGGAGUCAAGAUCCGAAAUUUCUUUAACAUGAUUGAAGGCCAGGGCCAUGGAGCCAUUUUUGACUGCAAGUUCUCAGCUGAUGGACAACACUUUUCCUGCACAGACUCGCAUGGACAUCUGCUGAUUUUUGGCUUCGGCUGCAGCAGACCAUAUGAAAAGAUUCCUGACCAGAUGUUCUUCCACACGGACUACCGACCUCUCAUUCGGGAUUCAAAUAACUACGUUCUGGAUGAGCAGACGCAGCAGGCCCCCCACCUCAUGCCGCCACCCUUCCUGGUGGACGUUGAUGGCAAUCCUCAUCCUUCUCAUCACCAGCGGCUGGUCCCUGGAAGGGAAAACUGCAAGGAGGAACAGCUAAUACCUCAGCUCGGAUACAUGGCUAACGGUGACGGAGAGUUGGUUGAGCAGGUGCUUGGACAGCAAACAACAGAAAAUGGCGAAAGCCUUUUGGACAAUCUCAUCAGACGGCUACAGAAUGAGCAGGAUGAACGGCAGAAUGCAGAACAGGCCAAUGGAGAAAUGGCUGCUGACGCGGAGGUGGUGGCCUCCUCUCCUGGGGUUGAACCUCGCAGAAGCGGCCAGGUGGAUGGAGUGUGGCAGAUGCAGUAUAAUUCCCUUCGUAGUCAAGUUGCCACAGAGCGGGACCUGCUAGCCUGGAGCCACAGAGUGGUGGUUAAUGAGGUGCCUCAUGGUACAUUCAGAGUUCUGGAGCAAAGCAGACAAGCCAAAGGUGACAUGGAAUGUUCUCUGUACAACGCAGAGAGGAGAAAAAAACCAGCAACCUGCAACCUCAAGAGUGAUACCCUAAGUUCUCGUCUGCGUUCCCUGCGGCCGACAAAGAAGAAGCAGCAGCGUCACUCCUAUCAGACCCGAUCAGCUCAAGUCCGCCGACCAGGAACCAGAAGUCAAAAUCCUAGCAACAGACGUAACCCGGAGAGCCAGAUGGACUCAGACAGUGGAGAGGAAGCAGAACAGCCUGAGCAUUCUGACGCCUCCUCUGAGGAUGAAGCCAAGUGGCAGAGUGACAGCAGCUCCAGCGACUCGUCUAGUGAAUAUUCAGAUUGGACCGCUGACGCCGGGAUCAACCUCCAGCCACCAAAGAGGCCGACCAGGAGGCCCGUGCGGCCCGCGGGUUACAGCAGCUCUGAAGAGGAAGAGGGCGGUGACGAGACCACCAAGGAGGCAAAGAAGAGGGAAAAUGAGCAGAAGAAAAAACCCAAAGAGCCCAAACAGAAACCCACAUCUUCGCUGGCCGAACUUAAUGAGGAGGAGUGGCUGCCGCCCUCAUGGAUAAUGGAGACCAUCCCACGGCGCUCUCCUUUUGUCCCACAAAUGGGAGAUGAACUCAUCUACUUCAAGCAGGGCCACCAAGCGUACGUGCGGGCCGUACGCAGAGCCAAAGCCUACAGCAUCAACAUUCAGAAGCAGCCGUGGAACAGGUUCAACCUCAGGGACCAGGAAUCUGUGAAAGUAGUUGGAAUCAAGUACGAAGUUGGACCACCCACCCUCUGUUGCCUGAAGCUGGCGUUUUUGGACACAGUCUCAGGGAAGAUGACCAACGAGUCCUUCUCCUUAAAGUAUCAUGAUAUGCCAGACGUCAUAGAUUUUCUGGUGCUGCUGCAGUUCUACAACGAGGCUAAAGAGCGCAGUUGGCUGCCAGGGACGAGGUUUCGUAGCAUUAUUGAUGACGCCUGGUGGUUCGGAUCUGUGGAGGACCAGGAGCCCCUGCAGCCAGAGUAUCCGGAUAGCCUGUUUCAGUGCUAUGCAGUGAAGUGGGAUAAUGGUGAGCAGGAGAAAAUGAGUCCGUGGGACAUGGAGCCCAUUCCAGAAGAAGCUGCUUUGCCAGAAGAAGUUGGGGAUGGCGUAGAGGUGUUGGAAGAGGAGCUGCAAGCUCUACUCUACAGGCCUCAGGAAGGAGAAUGGGGAGCACACACUCGAGAUGAAGACUGUGAGAGGGUCAUCGUCGGCAUCGAUCAGCUACUUCAGCUCGAUGUGGCGAAGGCGUUUGCCUCACCCGUAAACCUCCAGGAGUACCCGCUUUACUGCACCGCGGUGGCUUACCCCACUGACCUCAGCACGAUCCGCAAACGGCUGGACAAUCGCUUUUACAGGCGUAUCUCGGCAUUAAUGUGGGAGGUGCGUUAUAUUGAGCACAAUGCUCGCACUUUUAAUGAACCCCAAAGCCCAAUUGUAGCAGCUGCCAAGGUGGUUACUGAUGUUCUUCUCCACUACAUUGGAGACCAGAGCUGCACAGACAUCUUGGACCUGUAUCACAGAAUGAGGUCUGAGGUCAGCAGUGGGGGGGAAGCUGAGAUCGACUUAGACGUGGACUCUGACACCCCAGGGACUUCUACAGGACAGCGGGGAGCCCAGCCAAAUUCUAAGAAGCGGGGUUUGGAUUUUGAUGUAAAAGCAUGGCGAGGUCAGUGCAGAGAGCUGCUACGUCGGAUGUUGGCCUCCCCCGAUUCAGGGCCGUUCAGGCGGCCUGUUGAUCUCUUUGAAUAUCCGGACUAUCGGGACAUCAUUGACACCCCUAUGGAUCUAGGCACAGUGUCAGAGACACUGGUGGCUGGAAACUACGAAAAUCCCAUGGAGUUCGCCAAAGAUGUCCGCCUGAUUUUCAGCAACUCUAAAGCUUACACACCUAACAAGAAAUCACAGAUCUAUGCGAUGACUCUCAACUUGUCAGCCUUCUUUGAAAAACACAUCAUCUCCAUCAUCUCUGAUCACAAGUCUGCCAUUCAGAACGAACGGCGCACUCUUCAGAGACUCAGUUAUAGGAGCAGGUUGCACAAUGGAGGCAACUCCCCACGAAACCGUCUAUCCCCCAGCCCUAAAGGGAAGCACAAAUCCGGGACGUUGUCAAAGUCCAAAAAAUCUUCGUCCUCUACGAAGAGGAGUUCUCAGAGAACCGAUCAAGUUUGUUUAGCUCAGCACAGCAGCGGUGUAGCAGAAGAAGAGGAAUCUUCGCCUUCUUCUCCGAGUUCAGAAGAAAGCUUGGAAAGAAUAAAUCAGGGGCCCCAACGUUUGACCCGCAGCCAAGCAACUCCUAUGAAGAAAUCAGGGUACCGGCGUAAGCUGCAUCUGAGUAACGGCUCCAGACAGCAGCUGCAACACGGUCAGGAAGCACUGCAGUCUGACAAUGAUGAGGAAGGUUCUGGGUCCAGCAGCUCCUCCUCAGAGUCCUCCCCAACUUCGUCGUCGUCCUCUUCCUCCUCCUCGUCCGACAGUGAGAACAGCUCUGAGUCUGAGGCAGAGAAGUACGUGGAGGGGGGAGAUCACGACUACAGCAAAGCCCCCUGCCUGUCUGUGCGCCUCUCUGCAAAGGGAAAGAUAGUGGCCUCAGGGAAAAGGAAACUCGUGGAAGGGCAGGACACAGCACAGAGCACUAAACGAGCACGGGUGCAGCUUCCUGAGGAGGAUGAUGAGGAAGGUGAGGAGGAGGAAGAGCAGCCACAGCAACAGGAGAAUGUAAGACAUGUAGAGGAAGACGAAGAGGAUCCUGAGGAGGAAGAAGAGCCUGAGGAGGAAGAGCCUGAGGAGGAGGAGGAGGAGGAGGAGGAAGGAGAAGAGGAGGAGGAGGAGGAAGGAGAGGAGGAGGAAGAAGGUGAAGUCUCUGAGGUGCAGAGAGUAGCAGCAGCUAGGAGUUCCAGAGGUAGCAUGUGUAAACCAGGGCGGGUCAGCACACGUAAUCAGGGCCGCAGGACAGUCGUGUACAAGGACGAGUCGGACGAUGAUGGCCACGGGUCCAAGGACGACCCGCUCAACCUGGGCAUGUCCCGCUCAGGACGGGUACGCCGAAUGACUGAGAAAGCCCGGGUCAGCCAUCUAAUGGGCUGGAGUCACUGACACAUCACACCUCUUCAGACCUCAUUAAAGAAAAACUCUUAAACACAAGGAAAAUGUCAGGGAAUUUCUUUCUUUUCUUUUUUGUACAGGUGUGUAUAUAAUAUAUAAAUAUCUAUGAUUCUGUUUAUCUGAGAUUGCUGGUGCUCAUUAACUGUUGCCAUGGAUUUUUGCUCCCUGGACAACAGAGCUACUGUUCAACAGACCCUCCCUCCAGCUGGACUUAACUCACCUUCAGCCUUACUGCUCUCCUCCUCCUCCUCCUCCCCACAUUCAGAGCUAAAACACUAGAUGAACUCUUCAUCCCUCACACCACUUCACCUACUGUUCACCAAAGAACGAUGUGAAGAUGCCAAAAACAUGGUGCUCAUGUUGUUGACUUCUGAUGUUUGAUAAAGAGUAAUUCAGCAAGACUCAGCGGUCACUUGUUUGUCCACCAAAGUCGUAAAUCACGUAAAUAAUCCAGGGUUCCUACACAUCCGGAAAGGUCUGGGAUCUGAUUUAUGUAUUUUUGGAAUAGAAUGAAAAAACAAAAUGGAGGAAGACAUGUUUUUUUAUUCUAUUCCUCAAAUGUUGUCCUUGCUUCCCUUGUUUCCUUCUUUCCUUCCUUUCUUCCAGUCAGUGAUUUCUGUAGGUUUUUUUAAAUCCUCCACAGUGUUGAAAUAUCAAUACCAUAAAUUCAGUAAGUAUUAUUUUUAUUAUAUUUAUUUUUUAAAAGAGGAAUUGAAAAAGUGUGGUAUAUUUCUUAGGAACCUUGAUAAUCUCUCCCAUUAACUUUUUUUGGUACCUGGUCUACAGUUUUUGGGGCUCAGAUAACAGUUUAGAUCUGGGCACUAGUAACACCUGGAAAGUAAUCGGUAGGAAAAACUUCUUUACAUCCCUCAUUGAAAAAUGGAGAUUUUUUUUUUUUUUUUUUUUUUCUUGCUCCCUUUUUACUGAGCACAUUUAUAGUCUGUUAUUAGUGUGAAAUAGGGCAAGUUUCAAACUUUUUUUAUUUUCUGUUUUGGGUGGAUAAACUCCAACUCCAUCCUUACCACAGGUUUGCUCUGAUGGAGUAAAUCUGCAUAUAGUCAAUGCUCCUCCUGUCAAAGCAGAUGGGUCCUUGGACAACUCUCCACAUAAUUUUUUUUUUUUUCCAUUUUAGUUUUCUUGUUUAACUCUUAUGUUCUUAGUGAUAAGGAACAGAUAUUUGCACAUUUAUCUACUCCAUGUGGCAGCUGAGUAAUAGAGUAAUUUGACAUGAAACCUCAUAUGUGUUAAACUUCAAACUGUGCCAGCAAACUUUUAUUUUUGAUUUAAGUUAAAUUUAGUAAGACAUUAGUAAAAUAGUUUUGUAAUCUAGGGAUGAUUGGGGUUGAAUUCUGAUUUAUUUUGAAUUUUUGUUUGAGCCAAUUGCUGUGGUUUAGAUUUCUUUUAUAAUCUGAAAUCACCUCUCUGUUGUUCUUCUUUAUUUCUAUUUUUUGGUUUAUUUUUGCUUUUGAUGUUUACAUAAAAUUGUGCAGUGUCAUGCUAACAGCAUUUCAAGUCCAUUCACAAGAGAUGACUGGUUCUUUUUCCAGCACCGGGUGCUUUUAAAUCCAGACACACUUCCUCGACCCUCGCCGUGUGGUCGUGAGUGGGAGGGUUUUUGUUCUCGUCAGGUUCUUACAAAUAAAACACAAAUUGACAAUAGGGUGUCUCGCAGCAGCAUUAACUCAUGUUUUGAGAUUAUUUUGGUGGGUUCUGAGAUCGAUUCAGAUUUUUGAACCUUAUUUUAAUGGAUGGAGCUUAGUGUUGCCUCUGAGCAUCUGAUUACAGGAUGAUGAAUACAAUAUUCUGCUGUAGGUCGGGAAAAGGCUCUCAUGACUGUUUUAUGUGAACGUUAUAAAUUGUAUGUACUGUUUUGUUUUUUUUAAAUAAAAUUGUUGAAUUUCUUUAAA